AUGCUUAGGCCUCCAGCCUUCAGGUGUGUCUAUUGUUUGGAAGUCUAUACUGGAAACUUGACCAUUGCAGCCAUUGCUGGCCAUUUGCUGCAUUAUUGUAAAUGUGCUCCCAAGGACAGAAGCUCAGACUUGCAAGUCCAGCCUGGUUUUGUUGAGAGCAGUGAACUGAAGUCAGUCAAUGGGAAAAUGAGUCUUGGUUCUGCCUUUCCUGUAAAUGUAAAGAGAAAGUGGCCAAAUGGCCAUUUAGGAGCAGAAGCCCAGAGGGGUGGGGAAGAGCCCAUGUUUGAUCUAAAGGCUGAUGUAGCAGGAGGUCUAGAGGGAGGGACUUGUUCUGGUCCUUUAAAGAGACAAGGGAAUGAAAGCAUGACCAAGGGACUGGUGGGCAGUGAUGACUUGCUCCAGGCCCUAGCAUUGGAUCUUAGAAAACACAAAUGCCAUUCCCAUAAGAAAAAAAAGCAGUUUCUUAGAGAUUAUUUUCAUAAGAAACCAUAUCCUAGCAGAAAAGAAAUAGAGCUGUUGUCUUUACUUUUGGGGGUAGGGAAAAUGAAUGUGGCUUCAUUUUUUCGAAAAAGAAGGUAUAUUUGCAUGAAAACAAUAGAAAUGUACAAACCCACUGUACUUCUAGGCUUUGACAUGUCUGAACUUGGAAAUGUUAAACACAGGUUGAACUUUGAGUCUGAACCACAAAACUCAGCUUAAAGUC